AUCCAGUUACAACGCUGAAUCACAGCGUCAGUGAAGCUUGAAGCUCAUUGAUCUGUCUCUGAGUGACUCCCUGAUUGUCAUCGCACCGUGUGGGGGGAGAGAGAGAGAGAGACCCACACAACACACACACAUCCACCAUGGAACUCUGCGGGAUCAUCCUCCUCACCCUGGCGACCAGUGUGAGGGCGCAGAUCGACCUGGAGAGUGUCUCGGCCAGCCUGUACUACAGUUACACGCGGGACUCCAAACGUAACGUGGACAUCUUCAACGUCAACUCCGUCCCCUUCCUGUUCUUUGACUUCAACACGCGGCUCUUCGUCGUGAACGGGCGGGUGACGGACGGGCUAAAGGAACUCGGGCGGGACGAAGUGACCUUUUACACGGAGCGGGCCCGCGAUUUCUCAGCUCGGCUGCAGGUCGUCACCGAGGAAAUGAUAAACCUGACAAACGGCACGCCCAUCGCGAGCAAGAAACCCGUCCUGCACGUCUACACCAAGGGAAACCGCAGCCCGGGACAGGCAGACAUCCUGUACUGUUACGCCGAGAAAUUCUACCCCUUCGAGAUUGAGGUCAGCUUCCUGAUCAACGGGAGGCCGUUUGUGGGUCAGGUCAACUCAUCGCAGUUGGUGGUGGAACCAGACUGGACAUUUAACAUCCUGAAGUAUAUCCGAAUGGAGCGGCGCCAUGGGGACACUUACAGCUGCCGGGUGAAUCACAUCAGUCUCCCGCAGCCUCUGACUGAAUCUCUGGAUCCCCCUCCUAGACAGCUUCACACCGGGACUAUUGUCUGUGCUGUCGGUGUCAUCGUGGGAGCUGUCGGAUUUGUGAUCGGUCUCUCCCUGGUUGUGAAGAUCCGCGCUCGACAGGGUCAGACCUCCCCAAGGCAGUCCGGGAAGGAAUAACUCUGUGUCCGAGACUGGAAGGAGCCCUGAGAAAGAUCUGUCCACGUUGGGAGGAGAGAGAGCGACUGAUGGCAUCAGGAGGAUGGUUCGGCUUAGUCCCGUUUAACAGAGUGGAGAAUCUACCAUUAACCAACGAUGGUUCAGGGCCUGUUGUUAGGCAACAGCAUACCUCAGCAUAAAGCCAAAGGGGAAAUCGAUUGUAGAUCUCAUAGAACUGAUUAGUAAACGGUAUUUGAAGUUU